GGUGGUCCAUUUUCGUUGAUAACACAUGAAAAAAAACCAGUUACCGAUAAAGAUUUUCAUGGUCAAUGGAUAUUAAUUUAUUUCGGUUUUACUCAUUGUCCUGAUAUAUGUCCAGAAGAAUUAGAAAAAUUAGCUGAAGUAACUGAACUUCUUCAUAAACAAAAAAAUAAACAAAAUUAUCCAUUUCAACCACUUUUUGUUUCCGUUGAUCCUGAACGUGAUACACCUGAAUUAGUAUCAAAAUAUAUUAAAGAUUAUUCACCCCAUUUUAUUGGUUUAACUGGAACACGUGAUCAAGUUGCUGAUAUGUGUAAACAUUAUCGUGUUUAUUUUAGUCAAGGACCAAAAGUAGGUGAUGAUUAUAUUGUUGAUCAUGCUAUUGUGAUGUAUUUAAUCAAUCCAAAUGGAGAAUUUGUUGAUUAUUAUGGAAGAAAUAAGAAUGCAAAAGAAGUAGCAUAUGCUAUUGAACAACAUAUGAAUGCUUUUAAAGAAUCAAAUAAAUAG